UCUGAAGACUGGAUGCAAAAAGCACAAUGAAUACAAGUAUGUGCUAUGGUAGCAUGGUGAAUUCCAGACAAGCCCGAGAAUGCCGUACAGCUGGGGAGGGAGGGCCAACUCCUGAGACGGUCUUGGAAGCAGAACUGAUAGAACUUGGGGAAAGUGAUGAAGUUGUUGACCUAACAUCUGAAUCUCUAGAACCUGCAGUGAUUGACCUUACUCACCAUGACUCUGUUGUGAUUACUGGAGAAAGGAGGAGGCCAAGGAGAAAAACAAGGUUACUCCAAGGCCAAACUGGCAGCAGUGUGGCGAGCAGUGAUAAGAAUGGGUUGAUGAUGGACAGAGAUGUAUAUGUGAUCAGCAGUGCCUACCAUAAUGCCCUGGAAGAAGAAACUUUAAGUUGCACACUACCUGGUUAUAUCCAGUGCCGAAUUUGUAUGGAUGGGUACUCGGAGAUUCAACUGAGCAGACGACACAUCUACUCUACAGAAUGUGGCCACAUCUUCUGCAGUCAGUGCCUUUGCAGUUCCCUUAAAUACACUAAAAAGUGCCCAGUUUGUUUGAAAAAAAUUGGCUGCCAUCAGUACCACCGCAUUUAUAUAUGAUGUAUGCUUUGUUGCUCAGGACAAACCCCCGGCUGGAUUUUUCUAUGUCCUUGUGCAGAAACUAUGAGGUUGUUGGCAUCCAAUGUUCUGAGCUCAAAAAGCCUCAUUUUAAAAAUUACUCUCUAGAGUGUGUGAAAAACUCAUUUCUCACAGACUAUGAGACUGCUUUUUGAUUCCUUUGGUUUCAUGUUGCAGAGCUGGACUUUUGUCGUUAUAGUUAGUCAGGGACAGUGGUUGUCCUCAAGGCAAUUUUCUCUUUUUCAUAGUAAUCAAUUUUCAUUGGUCACAUGUGGGCAUUGGAUCAUGUAAAUAAGGGCAACAUCCUAGAGAUGGUAGAAAAAGUAGACUGAAGAAAGUUGGGAGACUGACAACUCUGCAAACCAGAGCCACAAUACAAGUUUGGAUUUUUACUUGAGAGAUAAUAAACUUCAUUCUUGUUUAACAA